UUCACUCUCACCAUCAUCACAUUGUUCUAAGCUCUCCUGCAAUAUCUUCUUCUUGUGCAUAAAAAACACACUUUUCAUUCUUUCUUUUUUUUUCUUUCUGUUUUGAAAACUCCAAUAAUCUUCAAAGCAUGUCUCUCAUUCCAAGCUUUUUUGGUUCCCGACGAACCAACGUCAUGGACCCAUUCUCCCUCGACAUUUGGGACCCCUUAGACGGCCUUUUCAACUUCUCCAUUUCUGAUCGCGAAACCUCUCAAUUCGCGAAUGCGCGGAUUGAUUGGAAGGAGACCCCGGAACGUCACGUCUUUAAAGCUGACCUUCCGGGACUGAAGAAAGAGGAGGUGAAGGUGGAGGUGGAAGAGGGGAGGAUUCUCCAGAUAAGCGGGGAGAGGAAGAAGGAGCAGGAGGAGAAGAACGACAAGUGGCACCGGAUCGAGCGGAGCAGCGGGAAGUUCCUAAGGAGGUUCCGGUUGCCAGAGGAUGCUAAGGUGGAGGCGGUGAAGGCUAGCAUGGAGAAUGGGGUGCUGACUGUUACUGUGCCUAAGCCUAGGGUGGAGGAGAAGAAGCCUGAGGUUAAGUCCAUUGACAUCUCUGGCUAAAAGACUAACAUAGUCUUCUUUUCUCUUGCUUUGCUUUCACUGUAUUUUUAUUAAAUAAAAAAUUGUUAUGUGAGAGAAUGGAGUGUAAGAGCUAUAGAAAAUGGUGUGAACUUUGUUGCUCGCUUUGAAUAAAUAAAAAAGUUCUUACUUUUGUAA